AUGAGUGACACUAGAAAGCGAAGCAGCAUCUGGCUGCAGUUUAAAGAUAUUGGGAACAAGAAAGCAGAGUGCCUUCACUGCAAAACGAAGGUCACUAUAAGAGCAGGUUCCACCACAAACCUGCAUAGACAUACAAGAACUGUCCAUCCUACAGUGCAGUUAGAGGAGAGAGGGCAAGCCAGCUCACCAUCUACUGAUCCUGGUGUGUCUCAUACCAGAACAACAGCUGCUGUAACGUCUACUGCCAUCCCCAUGCGUGCAAGUAUAACCUCUCCUACUGCAACUCAAAGCAAAAUAAGUCAGUUUUUACCUAAACUGAUGACCCCAGCCAAACAGCACAGUAUUGAUGAUGAGUUGGCUAAAAUGGUAGCUUCUGAUUUUCAACCCUUUUCCAUUGUGGAGGACAAAGGAAUGAAAAACUUUGUCAAAGCCCUAAAUCCCACAUACACUCUACCCAGUAGAAAAACACUUUCCCAAACAAUGAUCCCAAAACUAUAUGACACAGAACGUGCAUUAUGGCAAGAAAGGGUGACAAAAGCUCCAUCAGUUUGCCUGACAACUGACUGCUGGACCUCCAGAACAACCUGCUCUUUCAUGUCUGUCACUUGCCACUUUAUUGAAGAUUACAAGAUGACAUCUUGCCUUCUGGACUGCUUCGAGUUCACCGACAGACACACUGCAGAAAACUUGGCAGUGGAGCUACUAAGAGUGGCAAAAGAGUGGCAAGUAGAGGACAAAGUGGUGUGCUGUGUGAGUGAUAAUGCUGCAAACAUCACCAAAGCCAUAAAAGUUUUGAAGUGGACCCAUCACCCAUGUCUGGCGCAUACACUAAACCUGGUGGUUAGAGAUGCUCUGAAGGUGAUCAAAACAACCGUGGAUAAGGUGAAGGCUGUUGUGGAGUUUUUCCACAAAAGCACAGUAGCAGCACAGAAGCUAAAGUCCACACAGCGCCAAAUGGGGAUUCCUGAACUGAGGCCCAAACAAGAGUGUGCCACCAGGUGGAACUCAACAUUUGAUAUGUUGAAACGAAUGCUUGAAAUAAAAGAUGCCAUCAUCUCCACCCUGGCCCUCAUCAACGCAUCUAUUGAGCCAUUAAGCCAAGAGGAAUGGGAGCUGGUGAAAGAGGUCUGCGCCGUCCUGCAACCAUUCCAGGAGGUGACUGUGGAGAUAAGUGCAGACAGGUACCUAGAACCAUUGAAGCAUUGUUUUCUCUACUACUAUUCAGUCACUAUUAUACAUUGCAAACACAACACAUACAGUAUAAUGCAUCACGUAUAAUAUGCCACAUACUUUUAAAAAACUAAAUUCUAAAAGUUGCUGUUUUCUCUCCUUCAGCUAUGUCACAGCCUCGAAAAUGCUCCUGCUUUGCAAAGGUCUGCAGCUGGUGACAGCCGAGAACCAAUGGACAGUAACUGUGCAGAAAGUGAAGGAAUUAGUUGCAGCUCUUUGUUCAGCCAUGGACCGCAAAUUUCUGCGGAUGGAGUACAACACUGUCCUUUCAGAAACUACCUUAUUGGAUCCAAGGUUUAAAAAACUUGCCUUCAGUGAUCGUAGAGCUGUUGAUGAAGCUCUUCAGAGGAUUAGUGCAGCAGCAGCAGCAAAAUGCACCCCCAGCAGCCAGCCAGCUCCACCAUUACAGGGCCAAGUGGAGGAGGAGCAGCAAACCUCUGCUGUUUGGAGGCUUUUUGAUGACAGAGCUACAGGAGAUGCUUCAAGGAGAAAUCCGACAGCUGAUGCUAUAAUGGAGGUGAGGAGCUACCUUGAGGAGCCCCUCAUCCAGAGAGCAGAAGACCCACUGAGCUGGUGGCAGGCCAAGGCCUCAGUCUUUCCACUCCUGGUGAAGGUGAUGGAGGGGAGACUAUGUAUUGUUGCCACAUCAGUUCCUUCUGAGAGAAUCUUCUCCAAAACAGGGCAGAUACUCACGGAGAGGCGAAAUCGUAUCAGGCCUAUCAGCCCAUCCAAGCUGAGGCAUCUGAUCUUCCUGAAUGCCAACCUGCCCUGAGGACUAAUGCUGUUUGCUGGAGUUUGGUUCUGGUUUUGAUUCUGUUCUGUGGAUUUGUUUGAAGUUUAUUGUUAAUUUGUGCAAUAAAAAAGUUUAAUUGAAAUAAACAAAUGUAAGAGUGGUUUUGUCACAGAAUAAAUGCACAGAAUUAGGCAUUAUAAGGUCUCAUAUAAAAACACUGAAAGCAAAAGGGUUUUCAACACAUAAACCAUGAUUUUUUUUCAAAGUUAAGGUAAAAUAUAGGCUACAAAAGAUCCUAAAUAAAGAGCCGUUCGGGAGUCGAAAGAGCCGGCUCUUCUUUGGGAGCCGAGUCAAAAGAGCCGGCUCUCAGAAAAGAGCCGAACUUCCCAUCAUUAUGAG